AUGGCGCGAGGUCUGAGCAUAUGCUCCAAUGGAAGAAAGUCUUCGACUUUGCUCUCGAGCUCCAUUGCUAGGGUUUCACCUUCCUUUCCCCUUAAAACUCUUUUCGCUUCUUCGUAUCCAAUUCAACCCCGCCGCCCAAAUUUUUCUCGAUUGUUCUGUAACCUCGCCUCUGUUCCCGAGACAGUAGAUGAAACCAAGUAUAAGGAGCUUUUCAAUCGAAGAAUGGCCAUGGCAGGACUCAAACCUCACCACCGAAUUGCUUUGGGAGUUUCAGGUGGGCCUGAUAGUAUGGCUCUUUGUGUUCUAACCGCAAAAUGGAAAGCCGAAGGGUUAAGUAGUGUUAACAAGACAGAUGGUUUCAUCGAUGGGCUUGUUGCUGUAAUCGUAGAUCAUGGAUUACGACAAGAGAGCAAAUACGAAGCUGAACUUGUCUGCUCCAGAGUUUCUGAAAUGGGAAUCAGAUGUGAGAUUGCUCGUUGUGAUUGGGUUAAUGGUAAACCGAAACAAGGUCACUUACAAGAAGCAGCUCGCGAAAUGAGGUAUCAAAUGAUUUCGAAUGUUUGCUUUCGACAACAGAUUGGUGUCUUGCUUAUAGCUCAUCAUGCAGAUGACCAGGCUGAGUUAUUCAUUCUCAGGUUAUCUCGAGGUAGUGGCGUUCUCGGGCUUGCGGGUACAUCAUUUGCUUCUGAGAUUUUCUCCAGGGAUUUGGAGUUAGAUACAAAACAUAUGAAGAACAAGUCUAUUCUUUUAGUGCGUCCUUUGCUUGAUUUAUGGAAAGAAGACAUGUACAAGAUAUGUCAAUGGGGAAGACAAGAUUGGGUUGAAGAUCCGACUAAUCUUAGUCAGUUGUUUGUUCGGAAUAGGAUUCGAACAUCUAUAGGGAAUCUACAAUCAGGCAAGUCUUAUCAAACAUCAAACUGUACAUUCAAGUCAGAGCUUCAAGAAGUCAUUUCUGAAUGCAGGAGAACACGUUCGUUUGUCGAUAAAGUUUGUACAGACUUGUUAAAGCAGACCGUAACAGUGACAGAUAAAGGAUACGCUGUUCUUGAUCUAGAGAGACUAAACCCAACAGAAGUUAAAGACAUUUGUCUCUCGAAGUAUAUCACUGCGAUCUUGCAGUUUAUCUCUCAACGGCAGAGACCAAUCAGAGGAAACACUUCGAAGUUGCUUUUAAACUACCUCCGUGCAAUUCCGUGCAGGACAUCUCUUACAGCUGCUGGUUGCUAUCUUAGUCCUGCUCCUGGUUCAAAGGGAACCAAAGUUAUAGUCUCAUGUUUUCUUGACACUUGUUUACCAUCAAAGUCAGAAAUCUUCAACAUUUGCUUCAAUGAAGCUCAGAAGAAACCGCCUUUUGAUGACCUUCAUCGAAUCACAUCAGAUGCAAAAUCAUUCACAGACCGGUUUGAAGUCCGGUUUUUGGAUACUGCAUCUGAAUCAGUGUUGAGUAAAGCCAAGGAGCUCAAUCUUGUAAGCGAAUCGACCUAUGAAACCAUUACCCUACUGAAGAGAGAUGAAACCAAUCGGUUCAUAACUAAACCAGAAGACAAACCGGUGGAUGAAACAAAUCAUGGACCCAACACUGCACCUUCUUCCUCUGAUAAAGUACAUCUUGGUCCAGGGCAAGAUCUUUACUUCAUGAACCGGUUUCUCAUCAGAUGGAACUUGAGUAACCACCAUUGUGCUGAUUCGAGCUGUGGAAAUUGCCCGGUUCGUAAAGCUACAUCGAUGGAGGUUCGACACAUGGUUGAAUCAGACUGGCUCUAUCUAGCCGAGCUUUCGAAAUGUUCGAACACUUCAUCCUCACAUAAAGCUCUCCGGUCUUUAAAGUCUAUACCAGCUUCUGCGAGAAGAAGCUUCCCUGUCUUGGUCAAUCACUGCGGAUUACUACUCAGUGUUCCCGCUAUAGGCUUCAGCUAUUGUCCAUGCUUGAAAGCAUCAACACUGUUUCUACCGAGAGUACCACUUGGAGGCGGCUUUAGCUCAUUUCUAUAG